GUGUGGGACCAUCCAGAUGUCCCCACAGAAGAACUGGAGGAGUAACUAGGAAGAGACCCCUGCCUAACCUGGAUACCCAUUUGUCAACGGUGUGGAGAACAGAGAUGGAAGAAAGGAAAGAAAAGAUGCUAAGAGACCAUUUGGGAGACUAUUGCAGAAGGUCCGGAGGAGAUCCAAAUAUGAGGGCAGUGAUCUUGUUCAUGUAGACAAGGAAACAGAUGUGAGAGAUUCUCUUUUUUAAUUCCUUCAAAGUGGAGAAUUUCAAACAGCAAACCCACCAAAUCCAGCCAACCCGUCUAUAAAAAUUAUAGCUGUGGGGAAGGUAUGGUCAAACCCACCGGCAUCUUUCUGAAAAAGAACAAGAGCACUCAAGCAGCCCUUUUUCCACAAACCUACAAAGUAUUCAUGGAGGAAGCUUACAAUGCAGGCAUCUGUUUUAAACUACUCCGGGAGUUGGGGAGUUCCGAUGUCCCCCGAGUGAAAAUUGUAACCAAGAAACUCAGCAACAUGGCUAAAUUGGAGCAAGCCAUGGUACUGGAGACCAUCCAUGAUUUCUUCGGGGAUAACACAGAGCUAGCUGCCAAACACAGGUACCGAAUAUUCCAAGUCCUUGAGAACAUCAUCUUUGAAGCUACGCAGAUCCAGGAUGACUGGGGAGAAAGAUUCCUAUUACUAGCUUUGGAUAAUAUGACUGUGGAAACAGAACUAGAAGACAUUUAUCAAGAUGCUGCCAGCAACGUUCUCUUGGCUAUGUGCAAACAUUCCUGGCCUCUAGUGGCCAGCAAGAUCGAGGAAGAUUUCCUAAAUGGCAUUUUCCCCCAUCGCAGUCUUCUCUAUGUGAUGGGCGUCCUCUGCAUAAAUGAUCAAUUACUUACACCAACACAGAGAGCUUGCUGGCAAGAACAACUGAUUCAGAUGGGAGCCAGAUCUGUUCAGUUCUUAGCAGAAGAUGAAUGGGCAAAGGCACUGAUGUUUGCUAUCACCAAACCUGACCGGACUUACCUGGAGCAAAGUCCAGAGAAGACUUUCCUGUUCAUCUACUAUGGGAUGAUUCUACGAGCAGCCAACAACAGUGCCAUGGUCAGGAAACACCUAAAAUUACUACUGGAGACAUCCCAUCAUUUUGCAAAACAGAGAGAGGGAAUUGCCCUCACCAUAGGAUUAACAGCAGAACGGCAUCUGGAUGAUGCUUGGGCAGUCCUAGACCAGUUUGGCCGGACAGGACAUUUAAAGAGGACUCUUAACAACUAUAGCUUGAAGGAGGAAGAAGACACUAAGUGGAAGUGGGCCAGCAGUACCAUUCUUCUCUCUUAUGGGCAGAUGGCAGCCAAAGCCAAAGAGAAUAUCUUCCCUUGGGUUGAUAACAUCUCCUCAAGAAUGGUCUUUUUCUUCCGCAACAGCAAUUGGGAUGACACCCUCAAGCAAAGUUUCCUAGAGGCUACAUUGAUGCUGGUAGGGGCCAUCAGCAGGAAUGAGGGGGCCCACAGCUAUGAGUUCACCCAGGUCCCUGAGCUGGUCGACUGCCUAAUGGUGCUGAUAAAGAAAGAACCUCAGGACACACUCUGCACCACAACUCGACAGCAAGUCAUGCGCAUCGUUUCAGGCCUUUGCAAGCUGAGGCCACAUUUGGACUCUAAGAGGAAAUCCAAGGUUCUUUUUACUUGCUUCCAAAGCGUAUACAAACUGCCCUUGGUGGAGACUCUGGAAAAACACACUUGUCUACUGGCCGAUCCUCCUGAUAUACAGAAACUCUACAUGGAUACCAUGAAUGCCUUGGAUGAGCUUCUCCAGAGCUUAAUCUCUGAGAAUCCCAAGUCGGAAGAACUUCACUACUUGCUAGGGCACAUGUACACCUGGCUGUCCUCUGAGAAGGUCCAUGAGCGUCAACGAGCUGUUAGGAGCUGCAUGGUUCUUCUCAAGUUUCUGGCCCAGAAUGCCUGCCUGGAUCCAUCAGAGGAGUUCGGAAGAAUUGGGCACGUUGUGGGCAUGUUGGGCAUGUUAUGUCAGGAUCCAGAUAAGGACAUACAACAACUCAUGCUUGAAGCAGUUACCUACCUACACCAAAUCUUCCUUUAUCAGAAAGCAGGUGUGGAGGCACCUGUCCUUUUUAGAAAUUUCCGGGAAAAUGAAGAUGUCCAAAGUCUGUCAGAUAUGGGGCCAAUACCCAUGCCAGAGGCUCCUCUCAACGCCAGCUCCCACAUUAUCAAGGCAUUUGUGAAGCAUUUCUCUCUGCCUCAGAUGAAAGACCUCAUUUCUACAGUGCUGGAUUGUCUAAAGAGUACUUUGGAUUUCCAAAUAGAAACUGCAGGGGAGAUGCUCACUGUCAUCCUAGAAGAUUUUGGCCCUCGAAUGGAUUCGAUUGCAGACAUCGCCCGGAUCCUCUAUGGCCAUCUCACUGCCAUUGAAACAGUACUUGCCAAGAAAAAAGUUCUGAAGGGCAUCGCUUUGCUGUCUAGGUUCCACACCCAGGAACUAGUGGAAUCUUUUCUGGAGUAUUCUCUCCCACUGGAACGCGAUGCCAUCAACCUUUGGAGGGCCAUGGGUUCAGAGAAAAUGAUCGCCGCCAGAAUACUCCAUUUACUGCUCAACAAGCUACAGGAGAGGCCGAUUCCAGGGGAUAACAACUGGUCCAAGGACAAUAUUAACUACUUGGAUUCACUGGCUGCUAUGAAUACUCUUUAUGAAAUUCAGUUUUCACGGGAAUACAAAGAGGCUGUGCAGAACUGGUACCCACAGCUCCUCCUGGGUCUUCUCACCCAGCUGCACUACAUCUUUGAACUCAGCUUGCUUGAGCCAUCCAAGGAGAAUGAGAAAUCACAAGAGGAAGAAGAAAUGCCCAGCCCUCGGAGCACUUCUCUGGAUUCCGUGAAGAGUCUUCUGUACACCAGUGGCCACUGGAAGGACUUUGCGCAUUUAGAGCUACAAGGAGCCUGGGAUCUCUUCUCCAACUUCAGUACCUACCAUCAGGGGGUGACUCUCAUUGCCAGGGCUAUGGUACAGAAUUCCUGCAGUCAGGUCAAAGGAGUGCUUUUCCAGGCCAUCUCCAAUAUGGACACCAAACCAGAACGUGACAAGAAGGUAGCCAGCCUCAUUUUCACAGAGUUUCUCAACAGCCCGGUGAUGCUGGAAGAGUUCCCUAAACAGGCCAUACUGUCAUACCUCCAUCAAGGACUGGCUGACCCCAAUCCUUCCAUCCGAGUGAUCAGCCUUCAAGGCCUCAAGAAUGUCAUCUUUGACACAGAGAAGGGUAACCUUCUCCGGUCCCAGCUGCCAGCCUUCCUGGAGGGCUUCUACCACGAUAACGAGCAGGUGGUCAUGAGGGUAAUGAGCACAGUGUCAGAUGUCCUGUACUGCCUGAGCCAGCAGGGUGCUGGUCUCCAUUGCCAAGAAAUUGCCCUCAACCUUCGUAGCUUCUUUGAUGAUGAACGAAAUAAAAUCCGAGCAUCAGCCAUCAACCUAUUUGGAGACCUGGUGACCACCAUGGCAGGGAAGGAUUACUACACUCUGAAGCCCCACGUUCACCAGGCCCUGGUCCCUCUCCUCAUGCACCUGAAGGACAAGUGCCCACAAGUUGUAAUGAAAUCCAAGUUCACUUUCUACCGUUGUGCGGUAUUCUUGAACUGGAAACUCCGCCACACACUGUUCUGCACACUGGCCUGGGAAGAAGGCCUCAGUGCCCGCCAUUUUCUCUGGUCCUGUCUGAUGGAGAACAGUAACGGAGAAUUUCAGAUCUAUCUCACGCAGGCUCUUAAAUAUCUCCACAGCCACCUUCGAAACCUCAAGACUUCAGCUGCCUUGUUUAUAGGCUACACCAUCUGUUAUUACCCUAAGGCUAUCUUCCAGAAAGCAAAUGAAGCCGACAUGGCCUUGUUCUAUUCCACUUUUGAAGAACUCAAGAAAGACCCGGAACAGGCCAUCAGGGACUUCGCCAAAAGGCACUCCAUCUUCCUGGAGGAAGCAUCUAAAACAGUGCACUGACCUCAUGCUUUACCCAUUCCACACCGUCUCCCAAUUCCUCCAGGUCGGAUAUCUCCGAUUACUUUCAGGCACCUUCCUCAUCUCCCAAAUUGGUUUUUUUUUUUGUUUGAUUGCUUCUUUUUUCUUUUUGAUUUAAAAGAAAAAACUAGGUUCAAAGGA